GUAACACAGGCGGUGAGUCGGGUUCUGUUGCUGGGAGGAGACCGCACGGAUUCGCCUCCCUGGCUAACAUUAUUAGCUGGCUACGAUGCGUCUCUGCGGCUGCUGCUGGAUCUUCAACACAGCGGACCUCUUCGCAGCCACGCAGGUCUUUGGUUAACCGUUUACACGGACGGGACGAAAGGGUGACUCGGGAAUACUCAACACCUUUGAAGGAUGGAUGCUGACACGUGUGCUGGUGGGGACGGUGCUAGGAAAAAGGCAGAACUGGCUGGGGCUGCAGAAGGCACGAUGGAUGUUGUGCCUUUGGAAAUGUAUGACUCCGCCAGAGCAAAAAUAGCUGCCAACUUGCGGUGGCUGUUUGCUAAAGCCUAUGGAAUUGACCAUAUUCCAGAAGACUUAAGGGACCCGUUCUACACAGACCAGUAUGACCAAGAACACAUCAAACCACCUGUCAUUCGUCUGCUUCUGUCCUGUGAGCUUUACUGCCGUGUUUGUGCACUCAUCCUCAAGACGGAGCAGGCUGCCUCUCUUCAGUCUCACCUGUCAGUCAUUCAGGCUCUUUCCAGAAAGGGCAUUUAUGUCAUGGAGAGUGAUGAUACACCUGUCACAGAUGGGGACCUGGCAUGCAUGCCCAUCAAAAUGAGCGCUCACAUGUCCAUGAUCGAUGCCCUCAUGAUGGCUUACACAGUCGAGAUGAUCAGCAUCGAGAAAGUGGUGGCUUCUGUCAAGCGCUUCUCCACCUUCAGUGCCUCUAAGGAGCUGCCCUUUGACCUCGAGGACGCCAUGAUCUUCUGGAUCAACAAGGUGAACAUGAAAAUGAGGGAGAUGACAGAAAGGGAGCACAAAGUCAAGCACCACCCCCUGGAGUCUCCAAGCCACCAAAAGGUACGUUAUCGUCGGGAGCAUGCAUCGGGCCGCCAGCUGCCCUUCUUUCCACUGCUAGAAGACCUCAUGAGGGAUGUUUGUGAUGGAGCUGCACUACUCAGCGUGGUUCAUUGCUACUGCCCAGAUAUUAUGAAGUUGGAGGAUAUUUGCCUAAAGGAAGUACCUUCCAUCGCUGAUAGUCUCUACAACAUCCAGUUGCUCAGAGAGUUUGCCACUGAAUAUCUGAAUAAAAGUUGCUAUCUGACUACAGAGGAUAUGCUUUACUCUCCGCUUGUUCUCAAGCACAAUGUGAUGGUGUUUAUCGCUGAACUGUUCUGGUGGUUCGAGACCGUCAAGCCAGAGUUUGUUCAACCCAGAGACCUUCAAGAGUUUAAAGAUGCUCGAGCUGUAGCUCAUCCCAAGAGUGCCCGCCCAUCAGUGCCCAUCUCCAACGCCACCAAGCGCAGCUUUCUUGCUAGUCCUGGUGUGUCCGAUAACCAGAGCAGCCCUGAAGUCUGUAACAGUAAAGGGGGUCCAACUUUCAGUCCCUCACAUCCACUGCUUCCCCUGAGGCAGAGACAACAAAAACACCAAGGAGAAGAUGGUGCAGGUCUGAGAAACCGUUCGAACUCCCUGUCUCAGAUGGAUGGACAGCAACUCAGAGGCUCUGCUGUAGCGUGGCCUGACAAAAGGCAAAGACCCAUGUCCACACUCGGUCCCUUCAUGUUGCAUUCAGCCACAGACAGCGAUGCAGAUGUGGCUUCUGGUGAUAGUGUGAGUCUGGCUCGAUCAAUUAGUAAAGACAGCCUGGCAUCCAAUGUCAUCAACGUCACUCCAAAACAUCAGACUGCUGUCCACCAGCAGUCACUUGCUGCCAUGCGAAGAGUCAAUGGCCACAACCUACUGAAUAAUGUUAACACUGAGGACGAGGAGGAAACUCUGGUGGUAGUUUCCAGGACUGAUGGUUCUGUCAUCCCUAAACAAACUGAUGGGUCGCAAGCAUCUGCUACAAUUUUACCCAAACCUCCUACAGACUCCAAACCUGCUACAGAUGGCUUUUACCUUGAACCACUGAUGCCUGCUGUACUCAAAACGGCUAAAGAGAAGUCUGUAUGUCUGAACAAAGAGGAGGAGAGUGGUGAAGUGUCCCGCUCUACAGGAAGGGGCUCUCUGUGCCGAGGAAACGGAUCUUCAGCAGCUGUUCGUAGGAAAGCUCCUUCUGAUCUAAACCGAACAUUUACCCCUCCAGCUGAGGAAGAAAUCUUGUCAGUGGAGCAACAGGCAGGUUUUAGACCGACCGUCACCAGCAGUGUGGAUUAUUCAUCGAGAGAGCCUGCUGAAGGUUUCUACCUUCAUUCAGAUUCUGAGGAACCAAAGGGUGGUCCUGACCUGGAUGCUGAGCUGGAAGACCUGGAUGAGGAGGAGGAGGAUUUGGAUGAAGCGCUUACCACUAAAAACUCAAACUUCCUGGGAAAAAUGUACACGGACAUUGACGAAAAAGAAUCGGCUAAGCUACAAGAGGACAUGAAUGUCAAAGAGCAUGAGGACAAAGACCUGAACGGUGGCAGUGGACGAUCCAGUCCUUGUCUCAGCACUCACUCUCAAGCUAGCAGCAUGGCCAGUGGCAGCGUGCGCAUGACCUCCUUCGCUGAGCGUAAAGCCCAGCAGCAACGCUUCGGCAGCAACCAUGACCUGCGCUCCAGUGCCUCCAGCUCCCAAAGGACCACUCCUGAUGGAUCAGAGAGUAGCGGACCCCUGUCGUCGUCUUGGAGACUAAAGAGAGAUCAGAGUCCCUCUUCCCCUUUAGGAGGAUGCACUCGUCUGGGCGACGGUACGAACGUACUGGCCUCUGAAAUUGUUCAGCUACGCAUGCAGCUGGAGGAGAAGCGACGGGCCAUCGAGCACCAGAAGAAGAAAAUGGAAGUGCUGUCUGCGAGGCAGAGGCAGAAGCUGGGAAAAGCAGCCUUUUUGCACAUUGUAAAGAAAGGAGGAGGAAGGAGUGACACAUUACCCAACUCACUUAAAUCUGACAUCUCUAAAGAUGAGCUCAACGGGGAGAAGGGACACUUAAGUAAAGAUGAUAUGUGUGUUGAUACCCUGAGAGGAGAGAAAGAGGUGGUGGGGACUGUCCCUCCUGGUGCCUUAGAAGCAGACAAGAAGGGAAACAGUGGAAGCUUUUAUCUAGACGAUGAAUUGGACCUAAACGAGUGCAGCCGCUCAAUCGAACUACUGAAUGAAGCCAUCGGCAGCAUCCAGCAGCAGAUGAUGCAGCUGUCACUGCAGCAGGAGAUGCUGAUGAAACAGAAUGUACCGUCUCCACCCGGUGCCGCUCCACCUCCUCACACAGGGGACAAAAACGGGGACCCUAAGACAGGAGCAGGUUUUCACUUUAUGGAACACCUCUCUGGCUCUGGCAGCGCUCCAACCAGAAAACCACCCAAACUAACCUCAGGCCGGAGCACCAGGUCCAAGCCAUCAGAGCUAAGAAUGGCUAAAGAUCAGAGCCGGCAGGCCUCCAGGACCCUCACCCCCACACAGACUGGGUCAGAAACAUUACCAAACCCAAGACAGUUAACUGGGGGCAGGUCCCCCAGGGCUGAGCAGCCCGACAGCCCCAGAAACCCAACAGCCGGAGAGACUGUGGACAGACUAAGGUCUAGCCAUGUCCGGAGCACCACCCUGCGCCUUCACGAUGAGGCAAAUAUGCGCCUGCCAACUCGAGUAGAUCUGGCAACCGUGGCUACCCCAGAAGUGUCCUUUGAGUGCCUGUCCAGCAAGACGGGAGAGCCGGAGCUCAAUUCUUCAGAUGCUUCAGGAAAAGAGAACUUCUCUUCAGAGGAGGCCCAGCAGAACAAAUCCCACCUGAUUGAGGUCGAUCUGUCAGACCUGAAGGCCCCCGAGGAUGAGGAGGGAGCGGAGGACACAAUGACGGAGGGGGGUGAUGGAGAGCAGAAGUCAGUCCUGGGCUUUUUCUUUAAGGACGAGCAGAAAGCGGAGGAUGAACUCGCUAAGAAGAGAGCAGCAUUUCUGCUGAAGCAGCAGAAGAAAGCUGAAGAGACUCGACUCCGUAAACAACAACUAGAAGCAGAAUCUGAACUCAAACGAGAUGAAGCCAGGCGGAAAGCAGAGGAGGAUCGUUUACGUAAAGAGGAGGAGAAGACGAGACGGGAGUUGAUAAAGCAGGAGUAUCUGAGGAGGAAGCAGCAAGAGAUGUUUGAGGAGCAAGGCCUCGUGAAGCCCAAAACCCCCAAACCGAAGCAGAAACACAAACAGAGAUCUGUUUUCAAAGAGGAACCGUCAAGCGAUAAUUUCUCAAAGUGCUCUUCUGCACUUGACAACCUGAGCAAUGCCCAGUCGGGCUCCAAUCUGUCCCUGGCAUCUGCAGCUACCAACGAGGCUGACAGCGUCAACUCUGGAGGGGCCGGCUCUCAGCGCUGUGACUCCGUGGAGUCGUUUCCAGGCAGUCGUAACAACAGUCGAAUUGCAGAGAGAGACUGGGACAACGGCUCCACUGCAUCCUCCAUCACUUCCAUGGCCGAAUACACUGGUCCUAAACUGUUCAAGGAGCCCAGCGCCAAGUCGAACAAGCCAAUCAUUCAUAAUGCAAUCUCUCACUGCUGCCUGGCUGGCAAAGUCAACGAGCCUCAGAAGAACCAGAUCCUGGAGGAGUUGGACAAGUGCGAGUCCAACCACCUGAUGAUCCUGUUUCGUGAUGGCGGCUGCCAGUUUCGGGCGCUCUACUCGUACUUCCCGGACACCGAAGAGAUCCAGAAGCUGACGGGCACGGGACCAAAGAGCAUCAGCAAGAAGAUGAUCGACAAGCUGUACAAGUACAACUCGGACAGGAAGCAGUUCACCGUCAUCCCUGCCAAGACUGUAUCGGUCAGCGUGGACGCCCUGACCAUCCACAACCACCUGUGGCAGGCCAAGAGAAGUGCUGCGCCAAAGAAAAGUGGGAAAUAGCUCAAGACCUGCUGUCGUGCGCGUCACCUGAUCGCCAUCCUGCUCCUUUCCUGAACGGACUGCAGUGAAGCUCGUCACCAAGUUUGGUCUAAAAAUGUACCUGGGAGGGUCUUCACCUGGGCAACAUGCAGACAUUUAUUUGGACCAAGGUAGAGAGACGGGUUGCUUCUCCUCCAUGUGCAGGUUCAUUUAGUUCUUUUGAAGCAUGUGGCGUCGUUUCUC